AAGAGUGGUGUAUUGUUUUGAUGACCUGCCAAAAACUGAGCCACCGGAGGCCCUCAAUUUCACGGACAACUUGAACGGGCCACGGUGUUAUCAUCACAACUUGGAGGGGUCGUGACCUCCCUAUGUACACGGUAACUACGGAGUGUGCUCAGACGACGCGCGUGGAGAGGCUUCUGGAUUCAUCAUCAGCCGCGGACUGAUCGAUUUUUAUGAAUCCACUCCGAGGAGAGUGGAUCUACGCAGCGGAGCUCACGGGAUCUCUCAUCGGUGACACCGGCUGGAAACACCCGCGCGGGUUCAGUGACGGUUGGUGGUCCGUCCACACAGUCCAGACGGAAUCAUAUCGGGAACAGGAUGCGCGCGCUCAGCCGGGGAAUUUAAUCGCAGGAAAUCAACGUCUGCAGCUAUCCUGCCAUUUCCCCCUCCCUCCCUUAAUCGUGCAAUCGCACCGGGGCAUUAUGUAAAGGAAUCUCUGCAGUUGUAGAUUGGCAGCCAGAUAGGAGUGGCUGUACUUUUGAUGACUGAUCCUUUUACGAUUACAUUACUUCCAUGGGCUUCUGCACGGAUCUAUGAUUGAAUCAACCGACAACCUGCGUGAUGUUGAAACGAGAUGUGACACGUACGUCUACCAUGCAAGGUGGUUUGAUGAGAUGGUUCUGAAUAAAUGCAGAAGACAGAUUCUUCUAAUCUCUUCCAAGAAAUUCCUGUGCAAUAAAGAAUAAUGCGAUCCAACUUUUCAACAAUGACGACACGGCUCAGCAUAGCUCUCCUGGUAGGUUUAUGGACGCUGGUGGGGUCCCAGGACCUCGGUCCCACUGAAGUCAUCACGACCGGCCGAAUCCUGGGAAAGAGGAUGUCUGUGCUCGGGAAAACAGUGGACGGUUUCUUUGGGAUUCCGUAUGGGAAGGCACCGGAGGGGGAGCUGCGAUUCAAGAGCCCCCAGCCCCGCGAGCCGUGGGAGGGUACCUACAACGCCACCACGCACGGAUUUGGCUGUUUUUCGGUCCCAGAUGAACUUUUCCCAGGAUUCGAAGGGUCCGAGAUGUGGAACCCAAACGUCCAGCUUAAGGAGGACUGCCUGAACUUGAACGUCUGGGUGCCCUACCCAAGACCGACUAAUGCCGCUGUCAUGGUAUGGGUGUUUGGUGGCUCCUACAUCUCAGGCGUGGAUUCCUUGGACGUCUAUGAUGGGAAGACUUUGCCUGCCGAGGAGGGCGUCAUUGUGGUCUCCAUGAAUUACCGGGUAGGCGCGUUGGGAUUCCUUGCCAUGGAUGACCCAAACGCUCCGGGUAAUAUGGGACUGAGGGACCAGGCUUUGGCCAUGCAAUGGGUGCAGGAUAACAUUGGUGUCUUCGGUGGGGAUCCAGGACAGGUCACUAUGUUUGGAGAGAGUGCAGGUGCCGCUAGUAUCUCCCUCCACAUGAUCUCCCCGGAGAGUAUGCACCUGUUCAAGAGAGCAGCUCUGGAGAGUUCUGCCAUCACUGUGCCAUGGGGUCACUACACCAUGGAGGAAGGCAUCCGUAGAGGCAUGGUGCUGGCCGAGUACCUGCAAUGCACAGAAGACACCACGGGUAACGUGCUGACCACACCCCAGGUCAUUGACUGCCUACGCAGUAGAGAUGUGGUCCAAAUCCUGACCUACCAGUGGGUGACCUCGAACUAUCUCGACUUCCCAUUCGUUCCCGUCAUAGAUGGUACCUUCCUGACAGAACAGCCAGAAUCAGCUCUCAAACGGGGUGCAGUCAAGGACUGUGAACUCCUCAUCGGGAGCAACUCAAACGAAGGCGCCUUCUUUCUCAUCUACGAAGUUCCAGGAUUCUCCAAGGACAGCGAGAGUCUGCUGGACAAAGAAGCAUUCAUCACGGCGUUGAAGUACGCCUUCCCCAAAGCUAACUCCUUCGGGUUGCAGGCGCUAGAGUACCAAUACACACCUUGGUUGAACCCCAACAACCAGUCACUUCUACGGGACGCCAUCGACAAAGCUACCGGAGAUUGGGCCUUCACCUGCCCGACCUACGAGACGGCUGUCGGGUAUGCUCGAGCCGGCCACCCGGUUUACUACUACCGCUUCACGGACAGGGCUUCCAACAGUCCCUGGCCUGAGUGGAUGGGCGUGCUUCACGCGGAUGAGAUCGCUUACAUCUUUGGACUUCCACUCUACCCCGAGAAGGGCUUCAACAACCAGGAGGAGCAACUGAGUCGGAUGAUGAUGAGAUACUGGGCCAACUUUGCCAAAACGGGUAAUCCCAACGGCGAUUCCGGAAGCGACUGGCCUCUCUACACCGUCGAACAACAACAAUUCUUCACUUUGGACAAAUCCAUCAUUGGUGGUGACUAUUCGAUAGGACGCGGUCCCUUCGCCCAAGCCUGCGCCUUCUGGCGAGACUAUCUCCCCACACUGGUGACACAGACAGGCGACAUUAGCGAGGCGGAGAGAAUAUGGAAACAGCAGUUUAACGACUGGAGCACAAAGUACAUGGUCAACUGGAAAGCGGAAUUCGAUAGUUACGUCAACGGAAAACAGUGCGAAUAAAUAUUUUUUGGCGCCAAAAUAAGAGCGAGUUUAAUUGUGUGGACGUUGACAAGCAACACACUUUUUAUACAAAAAAAAGGAUUUCCAUUUUAGAAUAGAUCUUUUUGUUCUUUUUAAGUUCCUUUCCGUGAAUAUUUUAACCGUUGGACUUUUUUUGCAUUUGGCUAUUUUGAUAACAUUGUCGUAAAUAUGAAUGUUACAUCUACAAUUUAGAAAAAAACCCUUUAUUUGAGUGUUUUAUUAGACGCCAAUUGUUUUGAUCGUCAACAUACUUUUUCUCUUUUUGAAUUCUUCUACCUCAUGAUGACAAAUUUAUUUUACAUGUACAUCGUGAGCCUGUUUACUUUCAGUUGUAAAGGGUUACUUAUUCUUGCGAUUGUUGUUAAAAACUUUAGGGUAAUUAUGAUAUGAUUCAUCAGUGCUUUUACUUUUGUUUUCUUUUGAAACGCACACAUCUCAUUCACUGAGAAAUACGUGAAAUUCGAUCACCAUAGUUAGACUUGAGUCUUUCAAGAGUACAUGGUAAGGGCGCCCUCUGUUGACUAUAAUGGGCCAUCCAAUCAAGGCGGAAAGGUCACAAUGGUGUUUGUUCUCGUUGAAAAAAAAUAAAUUCAAAUGUCAUUCAUUUACGAUAUUAACCAUUGUGUAAAUAUUAACGAGUUGUUUUUAUACUUAAGAGAUACAUUUUGGUUAUUAUUCGGUAUUUUUAAGGGUUUUCUUAAUCAAUUAAUGAUAAACAACUUGGUUUGUAAUCAAUUUUCAUAUAUAUUAUAUCUUAUAAUGGUGGUGGUAUGUAUAACUGACCAAUAAUUCAGGAUUAAGCGUUCAAAUAAACUAACUGUAUUAUACCAAA